AUGGCUCAGUACCACGAAACACUCGAACUGAUCUUUGCCGACCUGCGCGCUCGGAGCGACACCACCCGCCAGAAUGCCGCGGCCAGACUGGGCGAGCAGGUCAACGCAGCCUUUCGUGAGCUGCCAGGCCCUGAGUUCCACCGAUACUACAGCAGCGUCAAUACCCGCAUGGCCUCCCUCAUCCUCUCCGGCACCGACACACAUGAGAGAAUCGGCGGUCUGCACGCACUCAGUGCCCUGAUCGACUUUCGUGGGGAUGACGCGGCUCAGAAGGUCACGAGGUUCAGCAACUAUGUGAAGAGGAUCUUGGAGGGCAACGAUAAUAGCGCUAUGGUUGUUGCUGCUAGAUGCUUGGGGAGACUUGCUACGCCUGGUGGAGCUCUGACGGCUGAGCUGGUCGAAGCGGAGGUUAAGAACACCCUCGAAUGGCUCACCUCGGAGCGCAAUGAGAACCGCAGGUUCGCAGCAGUCCUGAUGCUGAAAGAGCUGGCUCGGCACAGCUCCACCUUGCUGUACCCUUACAUCCCUGGCAUCCUGCUCAGCAUUUGGGAAGGCCUGAGAGAUCCGAAGCUGCUGAUCCGUGAAACAGCAGCAGAAACUGUGAGAGAGUGCUUCAAGAUUUUGUCAGCCCGUGACGCUGCACAACGCCAAGCUUGCCUCACUCGCAUGCUGGACGGAGUACAGGAUGGCUUCAGGCGAGGUACAAUCGAGUGCAUACAUGGAUCACUGCUGGUAUACAAAGAGCUGCUAACUCAAGGUGGCAUGUUCAUGCACGGCAAGCCUUACGCCGCCGCCUGCGACCGAGUGCUUAAACCAGAGUACAGGGACCACAGGGAUCCUACCAUCAGGAGAACUGUCGUCGACCUCAUCCCCAUACUGGCCAUGUACGCACCGAAAGAGUUCUGUCAGCACUACCUGGCUCGAUCGAUGCAACACCUACACAGUCUGCUCAAGGAUCCCAAACAACGCAACUUCGCAUUCGUUGCCAUCGGCCAGAUAGCUCAUGCCGUCGGUUCACAAAUCGCACCUUACCUCGACACAAUUCUACUCCACAUCAGAGAGGCACUGUCUCCGAGAAAUCGGACCAAGACCUCUGACGAGGCGCCGAUAUUCGAAUGCAUCAGCAUGAUCUCCAUCGCUGUUGGACAGACACUAAGCAAGUACAUGGAGGCACUUCUUGAUCCUAUCUUUGCGUGCGGUCUUUCGGAUGCUCUCACUCAGGCCCUUGUGGACAUGGCACACUACAUACCUCCUGUGAAAUCGACAGUGCAAGAGAAGCUGCUCGAUCUGCUCAGCCGGACACUCUGCGGGCAGCCAUUCCAAACACUUGGCCACCCGACGCAUGGCAAAGGUUUGCCUCCCAUCUUCACCAAAGACGUGCGUGAUCAGCGCGACCCUCAACACCACGAGCACAAGGAGCAGGAGAUUGCGCUUGCACUCGACACCUUGGGCUCGUUCGACUUCUCUGGUCACAUUCUGAAUGAGUUUGUUCGGGAUGUGGCAAUACGAUACGUGGAAGAUGACGAUCCUAUCAUUCGCAGAGCGGCUGCGUUGACAUGCUGUCAGCUGUUUGUCAAAGACCCCAUCGUCUACCAGACCAGUCACCAUGCCAUACAAGUCGUCGCGGACGUCAUCGAGAAACUGCUCACCGUGGGUGUUGCGGACCCUGUACCUGAAAUACGGUACACAGUUCUUGCUUCUCUGGACACUCGCUUUGACCGUCAUCUGGGGAAGGCCGAGAAUGUUCGGACUCUGUUCCUGGCACUCAACGACGAGAAGUUUUCUAUCAGACAAGCAGCAAUGGGUGUCAUUGGUCGACUCACUGCAGUCAACCCGGCCUACGUCUUUCCAUCACUCCGCAAAGUCCUGAUCCAGCUCUUGACCGAAAUCGAGUACUCCAACAGCCCCACGAACAAACGCGAGUCUGCUCAGCUCAUCAGUGAUCUUGUCAAUGCUAGCAGCAAGCUGAUCAAGCCUUACGUGGACCCGAUGGUAACGGUCUUACUGCCAAAGACUGAAGAUGCUAAUGCGGACGUGGCAGCUACAACACUACGCGCGCUUGGGGAUCUGGCUACAGUGGGCGGCGAUGACAUGGUUAGGUACAUCCCUGCACUGAUGAAAGUCAUCAUCAACAGCCUGCAAGAUCUCGGAUCUCCGAAGAAGCGGGAAGCUGCUCUCUGCACACUCGCUCAGAUUGCCAGCAAUAGCGGCUAUGUAAUCGACCCGUACAUCGACCAUCCCGAGCUGCUUACCAUACUGGUCAACAUUGUCAAGCACGAACAGCCAGGCGAGCUUCGGCGUGAGACCAUUCGAUUGAUGGGAAUCCUAGGUGCUUUGGACCCGUACAAGCACCAGCAGGUUGUCGAGGAAUCACCAGAGACGAACCUGCGCGCGGAGGCAGAGGCUGAAUCAGACGUGACGCUGAUCAUGAAGGGCAUCACGCCGAGCAACGAAGAUUAUUACCCCACCGUGGUCAUCAACACACUCAUGAACAUGCUCCGAGACGAUGCUCUCAAGACCUACUACUCAGGCGUUGUGGAAGCGGUGAUGAACAUCUAUGCCACCAUGGGCAUGAAGUGCGUUCCAUUCCUGGGCGUCGUCGUGCCCGGCAUCGUCAGCGUGAUCAAGGACGCCUCCGACGGACGCUUGGAAGGGUACUUCAGCCAGCUUAGCUUGCUGGUGAAGAUCGUGCGAAUGCAUAUCCGACCACACCUUCAUGUCAUCCUCGAUGCAGUCAGCGAGCACUGGCACAAAUCGACACAACUACAAGCGACUAUCCUCAGCCUGAUCGAGAGCAUUUCGAAGAGCCUGGAGGGCGAGUUCAAGGUCUAUCUAGCGUCGGUGCUGCCGCUAAUGCUGGGAGUGCUGGACGCCGACACCCGAUCUGAAGCUGGACGAGCUGCCUGCUCGAGAGUACUGCACGCCUUCCUCGUCUUCGGCUCAAGCGCAGAGGAGUACAUGCAUCUCAUCAUUCCGGUCAUCGUUCGCAUGUUCGACACAGAGCGCCACCACCACCGCGACGUCCGCAAAGCGGCUGUCGAAACCAUUGGCAAGCUGUCGAGACAAGUGAACAUAUCCGAAUUUGCCGCCAAGAUCAUCCAUCCUCUAUCACGCAUCCUCGUCGGAAAUGACGGCGCUCUCAAGCAGUCAGCGAUGGACACGCUCUCGGCAUUGGUGUUCCAGCUGGGGCCUGAUUACUUGCAUUUUGUACCCACCAUCGAUAAGAUCCUGGUCCAGCAACGCAUCAAUUAUCCUCACUACACCAUGAUCAUCAACAAGCUGAAGAGCGGUCAGCCCUUGCCUCAGGAUCUGAGCCCGAACGAGCGGUACGGAGAAGAAGACGACGACCAGUAUCCGACUGAUAUCGCCACGAAGAAGCUGGCUGUGAACCAACAGCACUUAAAGAAUGCAUGGGAAGCGAGCCAAAAGUCGACCAGAGAGGACUGGCAGGAAUGGAUGAGACGGUUCUCGGUAGAGCUGCUCAAGGAAUCACCUCAGCAAGCACUCCGGGCUUGCACGCCGCUGGCUUCUGUCUACCCACCUCUUGCGAGGACGCUUUUCAACUCUGCUUUUGUCAGCUGUUGGACUGAGCUCUACGAUCAGUAUCAAGAGGAGUUGGUGCGGUCCAUCGAGGUGGCUUUGACAUCGCCGAGCAUCCCACCAGAGAUACUACAGAUACUACUCAACCUGGCCGAGUUUAUGGAGCACGACGACAAGGCCUUACCCAUCGACGUCCGGACUUUGGGCAUGUAUGCCGGCAAGUGUCAUGCUUUCGCCAAAGCUCUGCAUUACAAGGAGCUUGAGUUCAACGCCGAACAGAAUGCAAGCGCUGUUGAGGCACUCAUCAGCAUCAACAACCAACUUCAGCAGACUGAUGCUGCCUUCGGAAUCCUGCGCAAGGCACAAGGCUACAAUGACGUCGACCUGAAAGAGACCUGGUUCGAGAAGCUGCAGCGCUGGGACGAGGCGCUCGUUGCAUACAACAGGCGCGAGAGGGAGGAAGGCGAACGCGCCGGAUUCGAGGUCAUCAUGGGCAAGAUGAGGUGUUUGCACGCCCUUGGCGAGUGGGACACCCUGAGCACCAUUUCUCAAGACAAGUGGUCGAGCGCGUCCACAGAUCAGAGGAAGCACAUCGCUCCGCUUGCUGCAGCCGCAGCAUGGGGCAUGGGCCAGUGGGAGCUCAUGGACAACUACUUGAGCGUGAUGAAGCCACACUCGCCGGAUCGAUCUUUCUUCGGCGCGAUUUUGUCGAUCCACCGGAACCAUUUCGAGGAAGCACAUGCUCACAUCACCAAAGUCCGCGACGGGCUCGACACCGAGCUCAGCGCUCUUCUUGGCGAAUCGUACACCAGAGCUUACAGCGUCAUCGUGCGAGUGCAGAUGCUGGCAGAGCUGGAAGAGAUCAUCACUUACAAGGAGAACCUCAACGAUGACGACAAGCGUGCGCGUAUGCGCGUGACCUGGACGAAGCGUCUAAAGGGCUGUCAGCGCAACGUUGAAGUCUGGCAACGCAUGCUCAAAGUUCGUGCGCUUGUGGUAUCUGCGACGGAAGACACGGAGAUGUACAUCAAGUUCGCUUCGAUCUGCAGGAAAGCUGGACGUACUGGGUUGGCGGAGAAGAGCCUGAACUCGUUGCUUGGCGGCCACGGCAGCAUCGUAUCGAAAGAAGCUCUCGAGAAGCUGCCGUACGCGGAUAACCGGGUUCAGUAUGCUAUCUUCAAGUACAUGUGGAGCAAGGGUGAGAAGGACAUUGCUGUACGGUGCUUGAGGGACUUCACAGCCAACCUCAAGGGGACCUACGAGCAGCGCAGCUAUGCUUUGGCCAAUGGUUUGACGAACGGCACGAAUGGCGAUCAUCAUGGGAUGAACGGAGUCAACGGCCUCCAUGCCGUCAAUGCGCCCUUCAGCUCGGCCAAUGGUCAGAUUUCAGCUGGCGAUAAGGCGAGGCUGGAUCAGGACAAGGUCCUGUUAGCACGAUGCUACCUGAAGCAGGGGGACUGGCAAGCUCAACAGCACGACGGUGACUGGCAGUCUGAUCAUGUCCAAGACGUGCUGCAGUCAUACUACUCGGCAACUCGCUACAACGAGAACUGGUAUAAGGCAUGGCAUGCCUGGGCUCUAGCGAACUUCGAGGUGGUUACCGCCCUGGCCUCGGAUGCUGCGAGAGAGUCCGCAGAUGUCCCACCGCACAUCGUGCACGACCACGUGGUGCCAGCAGUUAGAGGCUUCUUCAAGUCCAUUGCGCUGUCAUCGUCCAGCUCCCUGCAGGAUACGCUACGGCUUCUCACGCUCUGGUUCGCACACGGCUCGCAUCAGGAAGUGACGCACUGCGUCACUCAAGGCAUCUCCACAGUUUCGGUUGAUACGUGGUUGGAGGUAAUACCACAACUCAUCGCUCGGAUCAACCAACCGAACAGGAUGGUGCGAGAAGCUAUCCAUAAUUUGCUGGUUGACGUCGGCCGAGCGCACCCACAGCCACUCGUGUACCCGCUCACGGUGUCGAUGAAGUCGGACGUCCACACUCGAUCACGAGCCGCUGCAAGGGUCAUGGAGGCGAUGCGUCAGCACAGUCCGAACCUCGUCGAGCAGGCCGGGCUGGUCAGCCACGAACUCAUUAGGAUCGCAGUCUUGUGGCAUGAGCAGUGGCAUGAGGCGCUCGAGGAAGCUUCGCGCCUGUACUUUGGCGAUCAGAACAUCCAAGGCAUGCUGGAUCUGCUCGAGCCGCUGCACGACUUGCUUAGGAAGGGCCCAGACACUCUGCGAGAGAUAUCAUUCAUUCAGAGUUUCGGCCGCGACCUUAACGAGGCGCGCGACUGGUGCGAGGCUUACCGGACUACGCAAGAGAUUGGUGACCUGAAUCAGGCCUGGGAUCUGUACUACGGCGUCUUCAAGCGGAUCGCGAGGCAGUUGCCGCAGCUGAUGACGCUGGAGCUGCAGUACGUGUCGCCGAAGCUGAAGGAAGCGCACGACUUGGACCUGGCGUUGCCGGGAACGUAUCAGAGCGGCAAGCCCGUCGUCCGCAUUCAGUCCUUCGAUCCCGUUGCAUCCGUGAUAUCCUCGAAACAGCGACCCCGCAAGCUGGCAAUGCGCGGCAGCGACGGGCAGAAGUACGAAUACGUCCUGAAGGGCCACGAAGACAUCCGUCAAGAUGAGCGCGUCAUGCAGCUGUUCGGUCUCGUCAACACACUGCUUGCUACGGAUCCUGAAUGUCUCAAGCGGCACUUAAACAUCCAACGCUUUGCAGCCAUCCCACUUUCGACCCAAUCAGGCUUACUGAGCUGGGUCGCCAACAGUGACACCUUGCACGUCCUCAUCCGCGAGUACCGGGAAAGCCGGAAGAUCCUGCUUAACAUCGAGCACCGGAUAAUGCUGCAGAUGGCGCCGGAUUACGACAACUUGACCUUGAUGCAGAAGGUGGAAGUCUUCGGCUAUGCGCUUGACAACACCACCGGGCAGGAUCUCUAUCGCGUGCUGUGGCUGAAGAGUAAGAGUUCAGAAUCUUGGCUCGACAGGCGCACGAACUACACGCGAUCGCUUGGUGUCAUGUCGAUGGUUGGGUAUAUUCUUGGGCUCGGCGAUCGACAUCCAAGCAAUUUGAUGCUUGAUCGGAUCACGGGCAAGAUCAUCCACAUUGACUUCGGCGACUGCUUCGAAGUCGCGAUGCACCGCGAGAAGUACCCCGAGCGUGUACCAUUCCGGCUUACAAGGAUGUUGACGUUCGCGAUGGAAGUCAGCAACAUCGAAGGCAGCUUCCGCACCACCUGCGAACACGUCAUGCGGCUCCUGCGCACGAACAAGGAGUCCCUGAUGGCGGUUCUAGAAGCCUUCAUCCACGACCCCCUGCUAACCUGGCGUCUCGGCAACCGCGAGUCCCCGCCCGAACCCUCCUUCCCCUCCGAACGCCGCACAUCCAUCAUGGCCGCCCCAGCUAACCCCACAGAAGGCCGCCGCGCUUCCGUCAUGGGCGCCGGUGCCGACCCGGCCGCUUCCGUCGACCGGCCUGGUAGUUCGUACCGUCCUCGCCCGCGCGGUAGCGGGCAAGUCAACGGCACCGCGGAUCCCAUCGAAGUGGAAGUCAAGAACGCGCGGGCGCUGCAGGUGCUGAGCCGGGUGAAGGAGAAGCUGACGGGAAGGGAUUUCAAGAAGGAGCAGGAGUUGGGGGUGAAUGAACAGGUCGAGAAGCUGCUGAGCGAGGCGACGAAUUUGGAGAAUUUGUGUCAGCAUUAUAUUGGGUGGUGCAGUUUCUGGUGA